AUGGCAAACCAGGAAGAGAAUUCUCACCAAAAACAAAUCUGCUGGCAUCUUGACUGCUGGCACCACAGUUUCCAGAACUGGAAGAAGGCAUGUGGACACUGCACUGGCCAAGGGGCUGCCUUGCGCACCUCGCUGCAUGAGCACCCGCCUAGAGCCAGCAUUGAAGCUACAAGAUGGCUGACCAGGACCCGAGGGGAGGUAGCCCCUCCAACGAACGGUGACCUCAGGCACGGGGGUUGUGGUCACCUCUCGCUUCAGGACACCCGCGGAUGUAGUGAAGGGACCCUUGCGGUCUCUGCGGCCCUGGGUGGCCAGCAAGCCGAUGCCCCCCUUGCCGACUCUGGAGCCUCUCCUGGGCCAAAGUACCUCCUGUACUGCGGUGGUGUCUUGGAGCCCCUGCCCCGGUGCCCACACGGUGCCUGCUGUGCCGCCGGCGUCAGGACCCACUCCCUUCACUGGCACCACGGAUACCUUCGUGGAGAUUGUGAGACACAAGGUCACCAGCACCCUGUGGGUGCUCCCAGCCCCCCCGGUGGUGACUGUGCCGGCCACUGCUGUGUAGCUUCCCCAUCAAAGACCUUUCCUUGCGGUCCGGCCUGGACUUCUGACCUCCCCGCACCCGUGGUGGCGGGGGCACUAGGCUGCGUGGGCACCCUGACUGUGAUCAGCUCCCUGGAGCCGGUGAGGACAAAGCUGCAGGCUCAGCGCGUGUCACAGCAUGGCUCGUGCUUGUGUUAGGGCCGCUGUGGCUCAGGGCAGCUGGCGCUCAGUGUGGAGGGGCUGGGGCCCCCCUGCCCU